CUGCUGCGGGACGGCUGGGCCUUGCUGCGGGCCUGCGCCUCCCUCGGCUCCUGCCGCAGGCCUUGGGGAGUGGGGUGGAAGAUGUCUAUGGAUGUGACAUUUCUGGGUACGGGUGCAGCAUACCCAUCCCCAACCCGGGGUGCCUCUGCUCUGGUCCUUCGGUGUGAGGGCGAGUGCUGGCUCUUUGACUGUGGGGAGGGGACUCAGACACAGCUUAUGAAAAGCCAGCUUAAAGCAGGGAGAAUUACCAAGAUCUUCAUCACACAUCUUCAUGGAGACCAUUUCUUUGGCCUUCCUGGCCUCCUCUGCACAAUCAGCCUGCAGAGUGGCUCUGUGGUCACCAAACAGCCUAUUGAAAUCUAUGGCCCUGCUGGGCUUCGAGACUUUAUCUGGAGAACCAUGGAACUCUCUCACACAGAGUUGGUCUUCCCCUAUGUGGUCCACGAGCUGGUGCCUACAGCAGAUCAGUGUCCUACAGAAGAACUAAAAGAAUUUAUGCACGUGAAUAAAACAGACAGCCAUCCCAAAGAGGGACAAGGAAGAACUAUCCUUUUAGACUCAGAAGAAAACUCAUACCUUCUGGUUGAUGACGAACAGUUUGUUGUAAAAGCAUUUCGCCUCUUUCACCGAAUUCCCUCCUUUGGGUUUUCAGUUGUGGAGAAGAAACGCCCAGGUAAACUCAAUGCACAGAAACUAAAAGACCUCGGUGUGCCACCAGGUCCUGCCUAUGGGAAGCUGAAAAAUGGAAUUUCUGUUGUUCUGGAAAAUGGAGUUACAAUUUCUCCCCAAGAUGUCUUAAAAAAGCCUAUUGUUGGAAGAAAAAUCUGCAUUUUGGGUGACUGUUCUGGGGUUGUGGGUGACGGAGGAGUGAAGCUGUGUUUUGAAGCAGACCUGUUGAUCCAUGAAGCAACCCUAGAUGAUGGUCAGAUGGACAAAGCAAAGGAGCAUGGCCACAGCACACCACAGAUGGCAGCUGCAUUUGCCAAGCUGUGCCAAGCAAAGAGGCUAGUUCUGACUCACUUCAGUCAGAGGUACAAGCCGGUUGCCUUGGCCAGAGAAGGAGAAACAGAUGGGAUCGUAGAACUAAAAAAGCAAGCUGAAUCGGUGUUAGAUCUCCAAGAAGUGACUCUAGCAGAAGACUUUAUGGUGAUUGGCAUUCCAAUCAAGAAAUGAACCCAGUAUUCCAGAAUGCAUCCUCACAUGUCUGUGAACAUGUUCCUGAACCAACAGUCAAGUUGGUUGUGGUGGUGGUGGUGGUGGUUGUGGUUGUGGUUUUGGUCUAAGAUUAUUUGGGUCCUAAUAAUCCUCAACAGGAUAGAGCUGCAUUGCUGGACUGAGUCAGCAGUGAGAGGGAGCAAGCUUUUUGAUAAUAAAUCAUUUUAAAAAGAA